CAUGUCCUCAGUACAAAAAGAGCCGUCCAUUUUAUGAAAUUUCCCGGACUAUGGACAUAAUUUGUAACCUGCUAUUUAUUGCUUUGCUUAACAUCCCGUCGCUUGAAACGUAUCCUCAAUGUUUACGUGGGUGCAGCUGUGUAGAAGACCGCCAUGGAAGGUCGCUCAUUUGCAUGGAGGAGAGUGCGUUUGGGGCCAUACCGGAGAACCUUCCAGAUGAUAUGACCAAAAUACGAAUUGAAAAAUCUCACUUCACUGAAAUACCCAGGGGGGCGUUCUCACAGACGCCCGCCCUGGAAAACCUGUGGUUAAACUUCAAUGAUAUUACAGUGAUCAACUCAAAGGGCCUGGAGGGCUUGAGGAACUUAACUGAGCUCCGUCUGCAGGGGAACAAGCUGCGUUCAGUACCAUGGACAGCGUUCGAAGACACGCCGGCCCUGAAGAUCCUGGACCUGAAGCACAAUCAGCUGGACGUCCUUCCCGAGCAUGCCUUAAAAUUUCUGCCAGAUCUGACUUACUUAGACUUAUCCUUCAAUCGGCUUACUGUCAUAUCUAAGGAGGUUUUCCAAAAUUGGCCUCUAUACCAAAAACUCCAGACCAAGGAGGAGCGGGAGGGGCCCGCUUUCGGGCCGAACGUCGUCCUGGCGCUCCACGACAACGCGUGGCUCUGCGACUGCCGCCUGAAAGGCUUCGUGGAGUUCAUCAGGUCCCUGAGCCCCCCUAUUAUACUGAUGAACUCCUACUUGACCUGCUCGGGGCCGGACUUCAAGGCAGGCAAGUUCUUCCACGAGGUAGAGCUGCAGGCGUGCGUGAAGCCCGUAGUCAACACCCCAUCGUCCAACAUCAGCCUGCCUCUGGGCGCAAACCUCACCCUACGCUGCUUCGCUAAGGCCCAGCCAAACCCUGCGGUGUGGUGGACAUAUGGUCUGAAGAUAAUCAGAGGAUUUCGUGAGUCCCAGGAAAGAGUGGAUGAAAACACCAUCAGAUCCCUCCUGAAGAUUCCCUCCGUGCAUGCUGCCGACCGCGGCGUCUACACCUGCACCGCCGUCAACUUCAUUGGAAACUCCUCCGUCAGCGUCCGGCUGGACGUCCACUCUCCCGACGGCUCCCGGUCACCAGUCCUCUCUGACAAACCGGCUCCACCUGCUGCCAGUGAUGAAAACGUCUACAUUGACAUCCAAAUUGCCAAGCAGACAGUACGCGGUAUUACCAUUCAGUGGUACGCAGCGUUGGAACGCCCAACAGAAACCUGGUUCACCAUCCACUUUGGCAGCGCGGGCAGUGAUCAAAAAGAAAUGAUCUUCAUCGGCCCUGGGAUUCACUCUUACUCCGUCUCUGAUUUGAUGCCUGCUACCAAAUAUGAGAUAUGUGUAACCCUUAAAAACCAGGCGCCGCGUAACGGCCAGUGUAUUGUGUUCGUAACAGGAAGUGACAUCACAGAGAUGGAACAGAGGGAGCAGCUGAUACACAUCGUGGUUAUAGUUUUAGCCAUGGUGCUGGCAGUCCCUAUCGGCAUGUAUGCCUGCACCACCGACACCAAGUUGGCCUGCCUGGAGGGUAUCAUGGAGUCCUGGAAGAACCGGCGGAGGGAGAGGAACUCAUCAGGGCUGGAGCGGGAGAGGCAGGGCACCUUCGACAGCCUGCAGGCGGCCAGCGACGAGGGCCUGGUCAACAAAGAUUCCAGUGAAGACAGGAAGGUGAGGAGAAGGUCAGAAGACAGACAACAUAAAGGCAAAGGCGACCACAGCAGACACACAGCCGAACUGUAUUAAAUUACUGUUUGUCAAGGCAACGAGGGAAAACCUGACACCUUG